AUGCCAAUCAAUCUACACCAAUUUCCAAAGGAAUUGAUUCUGGAAGUUCUGAGAAACGUCGAUCUUCGAGGAUUAAUCCUCUACUCGUUGCUCUCCAUAAACUCCAAAAAGUACGCCACCUCGCUCAACUACAAAGCAUCUACAAUGGAAAUCUCUUUUGGACGAUCUCUAACCAUCCAGUUCAUAUUCUUAAAUUCAAUUUCAAAUAGCUAUUUGAAACUCGAAGUUCCAAAUGAUGGCUUAUUUAUCGACAAAAAGCUGCCAAGAGGUGCUGAAAUGUCUGAAACUCGACUUGAUGGUCUUGAAUUUUUCAACACUGGAGAGCGGAACAUCGGAGAGGUCGUUGAGCAUUUUUCUAGGACGUUUCAUUGCUCCGAACAGAAAACAAUGGAGUUUCACAUGAAGCAGAAGCUAUUCAAACCUGGUCAAAUAUUGCAACGUUUUGGAAAUCCAUCGACUCUAACGAUUCUCGGAGAUGAUGAAGUGGAGAACAGCGAGAUCCUGGAGACGUUCAGAAGAGUGGACACUCUGUAUCUUCAGAGGAAAGAUCAAGAUUUGCAAAGUGUACUGAUUCGAAAUUUCAAUUGCCUUGUCUAUGGUCUUCUGGGAUCUGUACCCCUAAGUCUCGACGAUUUGCUAUGUCUUAAUUCUACAAGCUUCACAGCAACCGGAGCUCAAAUAUCUCAAAGAGAGAUAAAUCUAUUUUUCAAGUUAUGGAUCGCCGGAUCGAAUCCUAGAUUGGCCCACUUGGAAAUUCAAAUUUGGAAUCAAAUCCUGAAUCGGGAAGUUAUACUAAAAGGGAUUCCAUAUGUCGCUAUACCAGAUGACGUGGAGAGAAUCGUGGAAUCUUCUGGAGAAUUUUUGAUGGGUCAUCGGAUUCAAGGAGGAUUUGAUGUUUGGAGAAGAGAUGGAACAAAGGGAACUAUUCUGAUUGAUUUGUGGAGUGGAGAUGAAGGAGUUGAGUUAAUUGUGUGGAAAUAA